UGCUAAGGAAACUUAACAAAAAGCCUCUGUUUCUCUAGAAUUACCCUCCCCAGGGCAGUCUAACCACGUGAGAACCGAACCCGUAUCAAAACUCAUUAAGGACACUUCUCUCCUUUUACCUGAGGCCUUGUUUGUUUUAGGUAAAUAUUCUUUGGGAGCUGAGAUAAAGGAGGAGCUGAAAGGCCAAGGCAAGCACGCAGCCUGCCACAGGAACAGCAGGCUUUAGACCAUCAAGUACUAUGGAGGGUGCAGCUGCAGAUGCCUUGCUCCAGGCUACAGUGGACGACAUCUGUCAUUGCUCCAGAGACACCCAGCUGCAUUUGCUCCAUCCAAGAGAGCAGCUACAGAGCCCUGCUUUAUGGAGGCCCUGGAUACUCACAGCAAGAGCUGAUAAAAUGACAGAGAAUCAAAGAAUGUCAGAACAGGAUGGUCAACUACGAAAUUUUAGACCAAAAGGAGCCCUGGGUUUUCAACAUCCAGUGAGACUUUAUUUGCCCAGGUCCAAAUCCCAAAAGUUUCUUAGUAACAUCGGAGAGAAGGUUCUGGCUAGUUUUCCAGUGCAGGCUACAAUUCACUUCUACAAUGAUGACAUUGACUCUGAGGAGGAUGAAGAAGAGAUCAGUUAAGCCUAACGACAAACAGCAGUCAGCCUUGGACAAAUACAUGAACAAAAAAAGCAAGAGACAAAAAAGGAACUGUAACACACGUAUGGACAAACAUCUAACUGAGUGAAAAAACACAUCAAAGUGCAUAUGAAACCUGUUUAUAACCGUCUUGCCAGGAAGAAUGAGUCAGUGUAACUGGAAACAAAGAGGAAAUCCUUUUGCCUUUCUGAGAAACUUUUAAACCCUGAAGCUUAACAAAAGAUUAUAGUAUUUUAAAUUGAGUUGGUUUAAGUGACACUUGGAUUAAGAACAUUAAGAGCACUGUAUUUAGUGACUAUCCUUUUACAUUGCAGUCCUGUUAAAACAAAAAUGAUUAUGAUUGAUUAUGUACAUGCUAUAAUGUACAACCCCAGAAAAACCUGAAAGUUUUGAAACACAAAAUUUCUAAAAAUUAAAGAAUGGUUUAAAGUGUAAAGCCUAUUGCUUAUUAGCUCUAUGGGGUACACUUACUCUGGUAUGAAUGCUAUAUGCCAAAUUAACCAGAUCCAUUUCAACAGAGAUUCCAGUAUAACCCCCUGCAGAGACAAGUUCUAAAUGUCUUGUGAUGUUAUCUGGGGUCCUGUCAUUCCAUUAUUACCAGACUUUCCUCCUCUAAUCAGAAAAGUGCCUUUCUCAAUCAGAAAAAAAUGUAAAUCUUGAUUAAAAACUACAAUUAAAUGACACAUUAAAACAUGCAUUAAAUUCUA